AUGAAAAUCCCUAAGAGAUUUUGCAUCCCCGAUAUCCCGAAGUAUAAUGGGACGACAGACCCAAAUGAACAUGUGACUGUAUAUACCUACGUUAUUAAGGGAAAUGAUUUUACCGAUGACGAAAGGGGAUCAGUGCUACUUAAGAAAUUUGGUGAAACCCUGUCAAAAGGGGCGAUGAUUUGGUAUCAUAACUUGCCCGAGCAUUCAAUUGAUUCAUUUGCCAUGCUCGCUGAUGCUUUUGUCAAGGCCCAUGUCGGGGCCAUCAAGGUCGAAACACGAAAGUCAGACUUGUUCAACGUCAAGCAACGAGAUGACGAGACCCUCCGUGAGUUUGUGGCUCGAUUUCAAAUGGAGCGCAUGGACCUACCCCCAGUCACUGACGAUUGGGCCGUUCAGGCUGAUAUACACAACAGGUAUCAGUCGAAGAUCAGGGUCGAAGAUGAUAAGAUUCUGAGGGCUGCUUCGAUAUCAUGGCAUUCCGAUAAAGGGAGUGAUCGUUUGAGGAAAGUGGUAGAUCGGGAUUUGAGAUCAUCAUAUGACAGGUACCAGCCUUACCCGCUCGAUCGAAGGGGAAACAGACGCAGCAGCGAAUCAGGCAAGAAUGAUAGGAGGAAUGAUCGAGGCCAAAGUAGUCGUGGAUUGAUAAAUAGAAAUGCUGUCGAUAAAGCCUCGGGAAAUAGAGAAACUCCAAGGUUAUCCGAGUACAACGUUUGCGUCGAUGUAGCAACCAUAGCGGCGGUCGUUAUCCGAAACAAAGAAACAAGACAUCCAAGGCCAAUCCAAUCUGAUCCAGAAAAGCGGGAUAAAAAUCUUGUUUAUAAGUAUCAUCAUCCUCAAGGCCAUCGGACCGAGGAUUGUCGGCAGCUAAGAGAGGAGGUCGCUUAUCUGUUCAAUUUAGGGCAUCUUCGAGAAUUCCUAAGUGAACGAGCAAAAACCCAUUUCAAAAACCUGGACUCCAACAAACAGGAUAGGCCGGAAGAGCCUCAGUAG